AUGGAUUACAUACAUCUGGGUGGUCAGAAUCUGUCAAGAUCCUUCCUUUGGAGUGUUAUUCGAGACGCGGGGGACAAUACGCACAAGUCCUAUAUUCUGCCAAAUCCGCCAGAGGAAGGUGAUACACAGGCAGAUAAGAUAUCCAAAGGCCUGAUCAGGCAAUAUUUCGAGGAAGCCAAGAACUUCAUAAAGGAAAAUUUCACCCCCCAUGAUUGCCAUAGGGAAAGUGUGUUGCUGUACCAAUGCAGUGCUGGCAAAUUCGACAUCAAGGUGAAAUUAGGGGGAAUCUAUUUCCAAGACGGGAAUGACUGUGUUGUGACCAUUCAGGUUGAGCUUUCUUCUUCGGAUCCGGGUCUCAGAUGUGCAUUCCUCAAGCUGGAGUGUGAAGUGGAUCAAGACGUAACUGGAUCCCAAAUCAUCAAAGAUAUAAAGCCAGCCUGGUCCCGGGGCGAAGUUAAAACCACAAAAAGGUCACAAACAGUCGAAUACAGGAUUCAAGAGAAGAAAACCGGGGCAACUCUCGGAGGAAGCCACACCACCGAAGCUAACUUGGAGAGAAGGCUGACAAUUAACGGCUUCAUUAAAUGCAUAAAGGGCAAAGAGAAAUUGGCUCGCUGGACAUUAAACGAAAGUGGAGCUGAUGCGAACGGGAUCCCGCCAGGCUUUCAAGGAGCCUUCGUUCUUGGGUCAAGACGGCCAUUUCGGCUCACUGUGAAAGUUUGUGUGAAUCUUUUCGGAUCGAUCAAAUACUGGUGGUUCACUCCACACAGAGGAGCUAAAGCAGGAUUCGACAUUGAUCCAGAGCUUCUCAAGUGCGAUAGAAAAGUCCAACUUGAAAAGUGGACUGGUGCUAUGGGAGAGUAUACGUUUUAUCCAUAUCCUCCUUAA